AUGGCACGAGCUUUUUGUCCAAAGUCCGCAGUAAUUGCUCUAAUGCUUUACAUUGUUCUUGCGGGGCUGAUUGGCAUCACUAUAUGCGGCAUGAAAUGGAAUGGUGAAUCAAUCCAUGUCAACCUGGACAUAUACAAACAGGAAUCGAAGAAAGAACUGUUGAAUGAGAACUGCAAAACAACAAAACCAACUCUGAUUUUCACGUGUCUUGGUGAAAAGGCUUUCACAAGUUACCAACUGUACAUAUGGGAAGCAAUGGAACAAGCUCGAUUGACUAAUCCAAACAUUCGAAUGACUGUUAUUUUAAAUCGAGCUGCAUAUACUACUUUGAAUGCCGAUAAAUUUCGUUUACUCCGCAUUUCAGUCGCAUUUUCAGAUGAUCUCUAUAAUGGGAACACCUUAUUUCAAGAGUUUCAGCAGAAGUUUUUUGAGAAAGGUGCGAUGAAGCCAAAUGGCAAUGAAAAGUUUGUGCAAUACGUGGUCGAGCGGCUGGUUGCCCUGUAUGCGUACAUGAAUCAAACAAAAUUGUGCAAUGUUUUUCACAUGGAAAAUGAUAACAUGCUCUACAUCGAUCUCAAUCGACUUGCCAUGCGUAUGCUGGAGUGCAAUGUUUCGAUUGCAAUACCACGAGCUGCUAUCGACCAAGCUGUGAUGUCAUUCAUCUUUGUAAAAAGUAGCCGAAUUAUGGAGCAUUUUGUGGAGUGGUGUAUGAAUGUAUUUAGAAUGGGACCUGAAAAAGCCGUUAAAUUUCUCAAUACAUCAUGGAUAAAUGAUAUGACACUCGGAGCUCGCUAUUUACAACUAUUUGCAACAUCAAAUGAACAAUCAAAAAUAACUGGUGUCUUUGAGUUACCUACUUGGAUAAAUGAACGGAAUGAAUCUUGCUGUCUCUGCAAAAUGACACAAAAUGAUGCAAUCAUCUUUGACGCCUGCGUUUUAGGUCAAUACUUUGGAGGCACAUUCUCGAAUCCAAAUCAAAAACACUGGGAAAUGAAUCGUUUGGUAGAUCCACGAGAUUAUCCAUUCAAUUCAUCUGAUCAACAUUUCUCAUUGUGA